CUCACGAAAUUGGGGAAGAGAUAAUGUAGAUGCUCGUUGUGUGCAGUGCCGUGGACUCCUCGUCGUAACCAGCUGAGAGACGAUGGACUGCGGAGAUGCCGAGGAAAAAUGUGAGGAGUUAAUCUAGAUUUAUUCAGCUGUUGAGAGAGAGAGAGAGAGGGACGAAGGAGCAAAACCAUGAGUGGUCAACUGAACAUCACAGUUAGACCAGAGGUUCGUCUUGAUGCCAAGUGGCUCAAGAUGGACCUCCAACGCUUCCUUUGCCGAGAUGGGCUUGCCGAAUUGUGGAACGAGAUGAUCAGAGACGGUGAAAUUGUUGGUGCCUUUAGUGAUGGUUUAAUGAAUUCAGCGGGUGUUAUUGCCAGAAAAGGAGAGAGUGGUCAUUAUUAUUGUAAUUUGAGAGUGUUAUCAUGUCCUUGUUGCGAUGGCAUUUGUGGUCCACAAAGUGGAUGCAACUGUAUUCCUUGCCAAAAGUUAGAUGACGAGGAAGGGCACAUUGUUACAGCGGAAAAAUCAAUUCCUGCACAGUACACAAUAGAUUCCUGGUUAUGGGGUUCCCAACCAUCUGCUAAUGAAUUGACUUCAUGCAUCGACUCACUUAUAAAGGAACAAAGAAAUCUGUGUCAUGAAGUUGCCAAUAGCACACUCUCUUCAAUUAGAUUAAGACAGCGCCUAGUUAUUGCCCGAAGAUAUUUCACUGCCUUGUCUCGGCAUAAGCCCCAAGAAAACAAAGAAGUAGUGGUUGCACCCAAAGCUGCAGUGAAAGUACAGAAGAAAAUAAAGCCCAGUGAAAAAGCAACAGCCGGCCUCGCGCGCGUUGGUUCACGCGCCGCGCUUAAUUUUUCAUUUGCUUAUCUGAGGAGAGCUUGGAGAUCCGGCGAAGACAUUGAUUUUUGCAGUGAAUUAUUGACUGAGUCCUUGGAGGCUCUUCAGUCGUUGCCUGAAGCUACUCUUUUCGACGAAAAUAACGUGUCCCAAGUCUGGCUGGAAGUUGUCGAACGAUCUGCAAAAUUUUUACGACAAGUUGUUACAGGUGAUGUGGUGUCGGGAAGGAUCUCGUGGUGUCCAGUACCAGUGGCGGACCAGCACACAGCCCUUUGCUUACUGCUAGAAUUGGCCACUCAACGUGGUACACUCUCUAGCCUUCUCGAUUCGGUGAUCCUUCUUCUUCAACUUAGUGAAAAACCCAAGAACCAGGACAAUCGAGUAAUGCCGCCAGGCAGUUCAGCCCCGCUCAUUCCGCUUCUUCGACGCCUCAGCACAAUUGCGGCGACAAAAUCGCGACGGCUCGACGAAAAUGCGCCUCCUGGUCCCUGCGAAGCUCUUCUCAAGUACCUACGAUUACCAGAGGAAGAAGCAGCUUCUGUGGACCUACGCAAGGCAGCCGUUAUAGUCAUGUGUCAUCUUAGUCGAUUAGCCAAGCCGCUAUUACCACCUAUACCUGAUUUACUGAGGCCCGAGACACAGACCUUCCAGGAGGUACUCGCUUGGGGUAACGUCCACUUCGGCAGCGGAUCCAUGCCAUUCUACUGCGACGCGAUAGCUGAGAUAGGGGUCAAACAGCUGUGUUGUACAGAAAGAGCAUUGCUAAUACUCUCACUCAGCGGCAAAGUUUAUAUGAUGUACUACGGCUCAGAGACGCAGUACCCCCAGAGCGUCUACGGAUUUGCGGACGACGUUGUGCAGAUCGCCUCACAUCCAGAUGGCAAACAUUAUCUAGCCCUCACGACCAAGGGCAUUGUUUACUCUUGGGGUAACGGAGACGGAGGAAGGCUUGGUCAUGGCGAUAGUUUCUCCUGCGACGAGCCUCAGGUGAUCGAGGUAUUGUCGGACAGAACGGUGACGUACAUAGCUUGCGGCAGCACGUACUCGGCUGCUAUCAGCAGCACAGGAGAGCUUCUUACCUGGGGUCGCGGAAGUUACGGUCGACUAGGUCAUGGCAUCUGCGACGACAUCAGUAUUCCAACAGUCGUUACGGCGCUGAACGGACACACGGUUACACACGUCGCCUGUGGAAGUGGAGACUCUCAGACACUCUGUGUCACCAACUCGGGAAUCGUGUUUUCUUGGGGCGAUGGGGAUUAUGGAAAGCUUGGCAGAGGUGGUAGCGAUGGAUCGAAAUUGCCAAAGAUCGUGGAUAAGCUGCUGGAUCAGAACGUUGUAAAAGUUUUCUGUGGGGGUCAAUUCUCAGCGGCGUUGACGGCGCAUGGAGAGGUUUACACAUGGGGUAAAGGUGAUCAUUACAGAUUAGGCCACGGCAACGAAGAGCACGUGCGCUUUCCCAAACUCGUAGAAGGACUUCGCAAUAAAAAGGUUCGGGACUUGUCAGUGGGCAAUCUGCACAUACUCGCUAUCACCGAAGAUCAACUGGUUUACGGCUGGGGGCGUAAUGAUGCUUGUCAAAUUGAUCCAUCGCUGGGAGCUGUCGUAUCCGAACCUACACUAUGCCCAACUCUCAGUGGUAAGAGCGUAAUCGGGCUAGUCUGUGGACCUAUGCAGAGCUUUGCCUGGUCUAUGUCUACCUGGUCAGUACCUCAGAGAGUCGCCUUCGUUGUGGACGUUUGCGAAGAAACCUUCAAACUUCUGGACACCCUGCUCGGCAAAUCGUGCGAAGGUUUACCUGGAACGAGGCCUCCUACCCAAGAUCGCGAGUGUCUCGUAGUAGCAGCUCUGAACCUAUUAAGGCUACAACUUCACGCCAUGAUAACGCACAGCAUGGAUAGCAAAACGGUCGGACUAGGGAAUAGCAGUGCCCUUCUGAACUCUAUUAAGCAACGUUGCGUUAACUUGGCCAGUGUGUCCGGAAUCCUAGCCACAAUCCAAGAGGCUGCCCAAGCUGUUCUUCAAACCGGUUGGAGCAUACUGCUUCCCACGGCUAACGAACGAGCAAAAACUCUGUCCGGUUUUCUGCCCAACACGAACGCAUUAGAGAUCAAUAGUUCAGGCUCGAGUAAUCGCGGCCAGCAGUUUAUGGCGGAUCUUUUGGUCUCUAGUCUGAUGGCUGAUGGCGGCCUCGAGCUGGCUCUUAAAACCGCCAUCAAAGCGGAGAUAUCAGAUAUCUCUGACGACAGUCGCGAGAUCAUCACUACCGGAACGAACACCCACCAGCACCUCAAGGACUUCAACACCGCCGACGCGAAGUCCGCCUACAAUACGCACAACGCCGCCACGAUAUCUCUUUUGCAGCUCGUUAAGCAGCUCGUACGAAAUGGCACUUGCAUCACUCAGUCGAGAUUCCGGGCUCUUCAGCAGCAACACCAGCAGCAGAAUAAUCAACAGCAGACGAGGUACCAGGACAGUCCAAAAAAGAUCGACAAUUCGCCGAGUCUUAGUCUGCUGCUGAGGUUUCAGCGAUUACUCAUAGCACAGAUGCUCAACUGCAUCGGAAAGUGCAGUACAGGAUCUGAACCACAGGAUCAAGAGAUGUUGGGAGUCGAAUCUUUAUUGAACAAGUACAUUGCCCAAGUAUGCAACCACGUGACGGAAACUAUGCCGAUCGCUAUGGAGUUAGCGAGUAUCAGUGGAAAGCAUUUUGUCAUGAUUGCUAGUGUUUUAAAGGCUGAUAUAAUUAACGUUUUGUUACCUGAGCUUGUUAUUUGCCUGAUACUUUUACAGGUUGAUUAUCCUAUGUUAUUGUUAAAAAUGAAUUGGAUGGAAGUUUUGUCACCGAUACUGGACGCGCUUGAUCAAUUUAAUCGUCUGGCACCUACGGUAGAAAAGGACGACGCAGACGAUCUCUCGUGGCCUGGAAUCAUAGCGCCCCAACAUAGCAAUAAACUUUCUAUUCAAGAUGAGCCUUCGAUUAUCCGAUGGGCGGAUCUGGAAAAUCACAAUCGAGACGGUGGCUUCUGGGUUGUCCUAAACAACAGCGUAUACGAUGUGCAAGAUAUUUCCGGCUAUGAUGGGUCGUCCAUUGGCUGCAAUCAAGAAAGUCUACACAGGUUAAUCAGCCGAGAUGCUCGGCACGGUAUGAUGGACUCAUGUUUCGUAGGCUAUUACUGUCAACCUGAACCAGAUAAUACACAGUUCACCAUUGAGGUAACCGAUGUCUGCUCGAGUCUACUGGACACCGAGCGUGCUCUCAGUUUCGUUCUUGGUCUACACGCAUACCGGUUACGCCAAAGUCUCGCCAUCCAGCCAGCAGAAGAGGAAGCUGGUCAGUGGCUCGAGGCCAAUUUCUUACGAGGUGGUCUUCAAAUCCUUCAGCCACCGAAUCCUUAUGAAGAGGAAAAGGGCGAGGCACGCAGUAACAACUCCACUGCUGCUAACUCGCCCACGGAACCGCCACUUGUGCCGAUCUGUACAAAAGACGAACCGCAACGAGUUACCGACGACCGAGUAAUUGCUUUCGUUCAAGCACUUGCUGAAACACACAAGACCGAUACCUAUGUGCAGGCGUUCCUAGCGAUCGUUGAUCGUUUCUGCAAAGCUAACAACGUUUUGUCGCACGUUGAUUUUGGUGGCGAUCAUCCGGUUGAAGAAAUCGGCAGACUGUUAAUGGCGGUAAUCAUCAAACAUCUUGCUUUGGGACAUCAGACCAUAGCACUAGUUGAUCAGGAAUUGUCCGAGGGCAACGUGAAACUUACCAAACCUCUUAUUGACAUGGUCAAGGCGAUUCACCAGACCAAGUGGAACCUGAUAAGGACGAGGCAACAGCAAAACCGAAGCUACAAAGAGGUUUGUGCACCAGCGCAAGAAAAAUGUCGAUUCCUGCUCUACGAGAUCAGGCCGGCCACGAGUUACGAAAUAAAAGGCCUAAGGGAUCUGAAACUCUUGUAUACAGUUCCCAGAUUUAAGAGAGCAGUACAAAACGUUAUGGCAGAUCUUAAGCAGAUCGACUCCCCGACAAAGCCCGAAGACAUCGUAAAUGCUUCUAUUCAGAACGCCAAGUCAAAAAGUAAGAGCGAAGAUGGCGAAGAGAAAUCUGGGCAGACCAUCACUGGUUCGACAACCACGACGACAACGACUUUACCACCCAAGCUCGAUGAUACCACCAGCUGGUCGAGUAUGACCAAUGUCAUUAGACAACUAACCGAUAAACUAAACCGCAAGCCUUUGAUCAUGGAUGCUAGCGAACUGAUGACAAACAUCAUUAACUUUGUAGUGACAGAGGAUAGCGGCGACGUGGAGACCUUGCGUCGCGCAAUGUAUUGUCAAAUCCAGCGGGUGAAAAUGCGCGAACAAGGAUUGUUCAUGAUUCAGGAGCUACUCCAGAAAGAUUACCUGAUUACCUCAGUCAAGUACUCACUACUGAAUGGCUGGUUAGGUCUAACACACGAAAACAAGUAUCUCGCGCACGGUAUCACCCACUGUCUGAAGAAUAUUCAAUCAGUCACUCCAUACCUUCGCCUCAAAGUAAUUCUCGCCGAGGCAAAGGUGACACUCUGGGCAAUUCAGGCUCUACGCGCUUACGUUAUUCAAGCAGAGUUGCCUAGCAAAUCGAGUAAAGCCAGUGGCAAAAGCAGUCUGAAUCAAGGCACUUACACUUGGCUGCGGAAACUACCAAGAGCUCGGUUUCUGUUGACGAUAUUCGGCAUGCUGACAGGACAACAGCACGCCAACGAGAUCGGUCUACUGAUUAACUCGGGCUUAUUAUCCAGCAUCCUAACGCUAUUGAGACAAAUAGGUCCAACUAAACCAGCUACUUCGGCAAGUCAAAGUGGGGAAGCAAAGGAAACGAAGACCAAAGAAGCGUCUACAACCGUGAGUGCUAUAUACGAGGACGUGGUGAACAAGUGCAAGCCACAGUCAGUGCAGUUGUCUGGCUCCGAGCUGGCAGCCCUUAUGAAGAUCGGUACAAGAGUAGUCAGAGGCGUGGAUUGGAAAUGGGGUGAACAGGACGGACCACCACCAGGAGAGGGAACGGUGAUAGGUGAAUUAGGUGACGAUGGCUGGAUUCGUGUCAAAUGGGAUAAUGGAGCGACCAACUCCUACCGUAUGGGUAAGGAGGGUAAGUUUGACCUUAAACUUGCCGAACCACCUGCGCCUCCAGAAAGUGAUUCUGACAGCGAGUCUCCGCAAUGUGACUCGGCCAAGUCUGAACGAGAUAACACGAGGGAGGUUCAUCCUACGACAUAUCUCAAAACCGCAUCAGUAACGCUGCUCAGGGUUAUCCUUCUGUCCUCUGGAAUUGAGGCUGACAAAGUUCAGCCAUCGGCUAUCAGAACGCUUUCCUCCGUCCUUAGAGGUAUCAUAUCCACCGCCAACAAGUCUGAUUCCAGUCUCCAAACACAAUUAGCUAAGGAAUAUGAAGAUUCCUGGGCAACUCUAGGUCUCCUUCGCGCGAUCGCUAAUUCAGGCAUUCUCUGUCGAGCGCUGAGCACUCCCGUCUGGGUCAACUUCCUCCUGUGUAUCGUCGCUGACGAAUCGACCAAUAAACUACACAAGCAAAUCAUGGCAAUUCGUCUUCUUGGCACCGUUUUACCCUUCUGGCCAGUGAACGCGCCGGAAAUGUCUGCCUUUCUCGAGAAGGCCUUCCGUCUGCUAGGUCACAUCGGUUUAAUGUGCGAAGCUAGUCAAGAGCUUCACUCCAACAAGUGUCGCGUUUCGUUAACAGCCUCCCAUGGAUCAACUCUUGCAGAGGAGCUCAUAGGCUUGGUGCGAAGUCUUCACUUGUUACCCGGUUGGAACGCCGCUCUCAAUACCUUUCUGGCUUCGAAACUCGCUCUCGCUUCUGACCUGCUAAGUGACGGGCCACUAUUUCACAUUCAAAUGAACGAGAAUGGAGGAGAGAAUAGUCUGAUUAUUCAGCAGUCCGUUAUGGCCACUUUAAGUGUCGUUGGUGGAUUGGAUAGUAGACCGAGAAUCGGAGGCUUGCUCGAGAUUGAUGGACAGCUAGGUACAGUGUGUAGAUUCACCCAACACUCUAAGCUCAAUGUUCAAAUGCACGAGACUGGUCAGCGGAGAAAAGUCGGAUUUGGCACCUUCAAGGUUAUCAAUGAGAAAUUCCAUUUGGAAAAGAUGCCCAUGACCGAAACACUUUUAAGUACAUGGGCAAAUCUUCUGCUUGGUCAUUGCGGUAUGGACAAACGACCUGGUGGUAUGCCUGUAAUAGCUGGUGUAGUAAACGCUUCGAUUUUGAGGAUGCAGCAACAGCAGUUAGCUGCUCUCAACGCUGGCAAGACUCUCAUAGAGUAUCAGUCAAAGCUGCGGAAAGUCCUGAAGUGCCUGACGACCGAUAACGACGAGGAUCGAAGUACGUUGUUACAAGAACUGCUCAUCCGAGCGACAAGGCCACAACCACUUAAGCCUAUAUUCAAAAUGGAGGAAUUGGAGACAGCUGCGUUGAUCGUCAGUCAGUACCUGGCCUCGGAACUAAGGCACACUCCUAUACAUUGUCCAGCAGGUGCCACAGGUUCAGAUCCUACAACACCUACAUCCGACAUCUCGCUGGUUUCAUUGACAUCCAGCCAAAAGCGCCACUGCAAGAAUAGCGGCAAAGCCUCUAGCUCAACUGUUGCCGUAGGUGGCAAGAUCGCACCACCAGCAACAAGUCCUCUGGUUACCCAACUUACAGAAAUGGGUUUUGAUAAACGCAGCGUCGAAUUCUGUAUUAAGAACCUUAGCAUUUCCGAAGGCAGUAAUAUUACGCCUGAAACGGUUGUUGCAUGGCUACUAGAAAAUCCGGAUAUCAACGUCAGCGAUACUGAAACUGUAUCGAGCUUUGAAGAUGCUUGCGAAUCCGAUGAUUCUAGUAGUGAGGAUGUCGACGAUGAUCCAUCAUCGCAAGAACCUGGAGGUUCCUCUCAGCCAACCUACAUGAAGCGAUCUGAUUUUUUGUCAGUAGACGAGUAUGCAAUUUAUGUAAGAGAUAAUGUAAAAUCGGGAAUGUUGGUGAGAUGUUGCAAAACGUACGAGGAAGUCGAAUACGGUGAUGUUGGCCAGGUAGUGAAGAUCGAUCCAGAAGGACUGCACGAUCUCAAUGUACAGGUCUCGUGGCAACAUAAAGGCGGAACUUAUUGGGUUCGCUUUAUUCAUAUCGAACUGCUGGGGCAUCCACCGUCGCUGCCUGGACCACCAGCUCUUAAAGUUGGGGAUAAGGUGAGGGUAAAACCAUCUGUAGCAGUACCAAAGUACAAAUGGGGCUCAGUAAACCACCACAGCGUAGGGAUAAUCACGGCUAUCCUGAACAACGGCAAGGAUGUCUCAAUUGAUUUUCCCCAGCAGAGCAGUUGGACCGGUUGUGCUGCAGAAAUGGAACGUGUGCCUAGCUGUCAUCACUCAGUAUCUUGCAAUUCUUGCCAUAUCUCUCCAAUUUCAGGUCCGCGCUUCAAGUGCAAACCCUGCGAAAACUAUAAUCUUUGCGAGAAUUGUUUCUAUACCAAACGGUCGCAUAGACAUGGAUUCAACCGAAUUGCUGAACCCGGUUCGGCGGCUGUUUAUGCUGGAAGACCUGGUAGAUACCAUAGACAAGACCUUCUUGAGCCAUCAGUACUAGACGAUUGGUCCAAAUGCAUCCGAACUUUGAGUGUCUCCUCAAACGAGCGCUUGGCGAAUCGAUUAGUUGAUGGCUCAGACAAAUACUGGCAAAGUGGUGGUGCCCAGGGCGCUCAUUGGAUCCGUAUGGAGAUGCUGCCUGGUAUACUUAUCCACUCACUCAAGAUCGCGGUAAAUCCUCAGGACAGUAGCUACAUGCCAUCGUUAAUAGCCGUCAACGCAGGUGAUUCGUUCGACAGUAUGCUCGAGCUUGUGAACAUCAACGUUCGGGUGAACGACUCAAUAGUCACGCUUCUGCAGGAUGCAAAAGAAUACUAUCCUUGUGUAGAAAUCGCUAUCAAACAAUGCAGAAACGGAGGAAUAGACUGUAAAAUACAUGGAUUGCAGAUUAUAGGGUAUAAGAAGGUUUUUGAGAAUCAACUAGCUACGUCUGUGUCAUUCUUGGCAUCGGACUGGGAAGUCGUGCAAGAGCAGAUGACCGCCCAGAGGGCAAGCGACGUUCAGCAGAAUGCUGCGGUUUACGUUUGGGGGUUGAAUGACAAGGAUCAGUUGGGAGGAUUGAAAGGAUCAAAAAUUAAAUUACCAGUUCAUAGCGAAGUGUUAUCCAAACUCAAGCCCAUUCACAUAGCAGGAGGCAGUAAAACCCUCUUUGUAGUAAGCCAAGAAGGAAAAUUAUACGCAUGCGGUGAGGGCACAAAUGGCCGACUGGGACUUGGUGAUAACAAUAACGUAGGCGAGCCUAAGCCGAUUCCUUUCCUCAGUCAGUACAUCAUCAAAAAAGUAGCGGUACACUCGGGUGGCAAGCACGCGCUCGCUCUCACGCAGGACGGUAAAGUAUUUUCGUGGGGCGAGGGCGAAGAUGGCAAACUUGGACACGGAAAUCGCGUGUCCCUCGACAAGCCGCGACUUAUUGAGGCCCUCAAGUCCAAAAGGAUUAGGGACAUUGCUUGUGGUUCUGGACAUUCAGCUGCGAUCGCUAGUAACGGAGAGUUGUAUACUUGGGGCCUUGGAGAAUAUGGAAGAUUAGGUCAUGGCGAUACGACGACACAUCUGAAACCUAAGUUGGUAGAUGCAUUAGUGGGCCAAAGAGUUAUACAAGUUGCUUGUGGUAGCAGGGAUGCUCAGACUAUGGCUCUGACCGAGGAUGGAUCUGUAUACUCCUGGGGUGAUGGCGAUUUUGGUAAACUUGGUCGUGGCGGAAGCGACGGUUGUUAUUCGCCUCUCCCCGUCGAUCGUCUAAACGGACUUGGAGUCGUCCAGGUCGAGUGCGGUGCCCAAUUCUCAUUAGCUUUAACGAAGUAUGGUGAGGUUUGGACCUGGGGUAAGGGCGACUAUUUCCGUUUAGGCCAUGGCAAUGAUCAUCAUGUGCGAAGACCUACUCUCGUGGAGGGUCUCCGUGGAAAGAAAGUCGUACACGUUGCCGUUGGGGCAUUGCAUUGCCUUGCGGUAACGGACGCAGGUCAGGUGUAUGCCUGGGGAGACAACGAUCACGGACAACAGGGUAAUGGAUCAACGAUGGUCAAUAGAAAGCCCUCUCUUGUACAUAAUUUGGAAGAUGCAAAAGUCAAUCGAGUGGCUUGUGGAUCCAGUCACAGCAUUGCUUGGGUACUGACCGAUCAACCAACCCUGGGUAAUCAAGAGCCUGUUACUUUCCCAACUGCGAAGGAUCCGUUGGGCCAGGCUACACUUGGCUUUACUCAGGAUAAAACUGAAACUAACGUCGUAACGCCACCAACGAAGAGCAGCAGGCCAUCUCUUGCUCACAUUAUCCUCUCGCUAGAGAGUAACGUUGCUAAACAACAGGCACUGCAACACGUUCUAAACGCUCUAUUUAUUAUGCAAGCUCGAACCGCCGUUGUGACAGCGCUUCAGAGUCACAUAGCUCAGACCUGUGGCAAAGGAAAUACUUCACCUGAGGCUCAAGCCGAUGGCACUAUGAGCUCGAGUACGGGACCGACUGUUCGCUGGGGUAGCAACGACGUCAUUGGUGAAAUAGCUCAAGGUGGUGGCGAGAGUCUAGCCAAUCCGUCUGAGGUAGCAAACAUCGUUGCCAGUCCACGAGCCACACCUGAAUCUGAAGAGUACCCGCUAGCAAUUUUUCCAUCGAUAUCGAGUUCUGCAAGCUUAUCAUCUCGCGCCUCUAAAAUGUCCUCUAGUAGCGCAAUGAGCGUAAUUGCUGCAACCCUCACUUCUAAUGCCCAGGUUGUUGGCGAAGGCAUGAACACCGAACCUGGCCUAGACGAGUUUACAUCACAGCUCACCGAGGAUGAUGCGCGAAUGUUGGUUGACCUUCUGAAACUUGCUGUGGCAAAGCGUGUCUGCGAAGGCGCCACUGAGACGAUAUCCUCGGUUCUCAUAGCCUUGGGCAAAACCAACCACUCUAUCGGCAGCAUGCUAUUAGAACUCUGUGUGACGGAGCUCGAAGACACAGCUGCCAAUUCUAAUUGCCUGAACAAAACACCCCAGCAAGUGGUACAGGAAACGCCCCAUCCGUACAUCGACGAUACAACGCUUACGGGACACGUGAAGAUACCGGGAGCCGAAGCGCUUAGAAUCGAGUUUGACAGACAGUGUUCAACUGAGAGGCGUCACGAUCCGUUGACAAUCAUGGAUGGUAGUGGCAAGACUGUGGCUGUCAAGAGCGGAAGAGACUGGAGUGAAUGGGCCACGGAAAUCAGAAUUGAAGGUGACGAACUUCGCUGGCGAUUCACAUCUGACGGAUCGGUAAACGGUUGGGGCUGGCGUUUUACCGUACACCCGACACUUGCCAGUCUUGCACCUCAGGAGCUUGGCUCCGAUCGCGCCGUCCUCUCUCAGCCGUCCAUAGCCCUGGCAGAACGUCUCCUCGACAAUAGCCUCAUUAGUCUCGACAAAAACAUCGUGACUCGCUUGGCCGCCGCACUGGCUCAAUGCAGUCAGCUCAGCAACCUUAACGCCAAACAACGCAUGUGGGCUCUCAGAAAGCUUCAGGUUGUUGGCCAAUGUCAUCCAGGUAGGCCAGAUGCAGCGCUCUCUACUUUAUUGGGCUCGCUUCCUCAGGCCCUACUCAGGCAGUAUGAGUAUGAAGAUCCGGCAGUUAGGGGUGGCAAACAGCUCAUGCACAGUGAUUUCUUCAAGGUGCUUGUGGCUCUUGCUUGCGAUUUGGAAUUAGAUGGCAUGCCUUGUUGUUCAGAGAUUCAUAAAUGGUCAUGGUUCCGUCGCUAUUGUCUAGCAGCUCGAGUUGCCAAAGCGCUUAUCAAUCGUACAGCCUUACCAAAAUCAUUCUGUAUCGAAGUAACCAAACGUAUCAAUGAGAUGGUAACGGACGGUGAUGCAAAUCUCAAGGAUCACGAAAACCACUCGAUCUUCAAACAAGAGCACGACGAACAGCUAUUACAAUGGCUUAGUCGACGACCUGAAGACUGGACAUUAUCAUGGGAUGGAUCAGGGGCAAUAUAUGGCUGGGGUCAUAAUCACAGAGGACAGUUAGGUGGUUUAGAAGGAGCAAAAGUCAAAUUACCACUACCGUGCGAAAGUUUAUCCGCAUUAAGACCUAUUCAGUUAGCUGGUGGCGAGCAAACAUUGUUCGCUGUUACGGCUGAUGGCAAAGUUUACGCGACUGGGUAUGGCGCACUUGGUCGACUCGGAACGGGUGGAGUGGAUUCGGUGAUGGUCCCAACGUUAUUAGAGUCAAUUCAACAUGUAUUUAUUAAGAAAGUUGCAGUCAAUUCCGGGGGCAAACACUGUCUUGCCCUCAGUUCGGAGGGUCACGUCUACUCGUGGGGCGAGGGUGACGAUGGCAAGUUGGGCCAUGGCAACCGAAUCACCUACGACCGUCCAAAACUUAUAGAGGCUUUGCUUGGUACCGAAAUAGUAGAUAUUGCGUGUGGAGGACAUCAUAGCGCAGCAAUCUCAAGUGCCGGGUGGUUGUACACAUGGGGUAAGGGACGAUACGGUCGUCUGGGGCACGGCGACAGCGACGAUCAACUGAAGCCUACAGUCGUGACGGCUUUACAAGGAUAUAAGGUGAUAGAUGUAGCUUGCGGUAGUGGAGAUGCUCAAACACUAUGCGUCACCGACGAUGAUAAUGUCUGGAGCUGGGGAGACGGAGAUUAUGGAAAGUUGGGUAGAGGAGGUAGCGACGGCUGUAAAGUACCUAUGAAGAUCGAAUCUCUCGCUGGUCUUGGUGUUGUCAAAGUUGAAUGCGGUAGUCAGUUCUCAGUUGCACUUACGAGAUCAGGAGCAGUGUAUACAUGGGGCAAGGGAGAUUAUCAUCGCUUGGGUCACGGUACUGACGAUCAUGUGCGUCGUCCCCGAAAGGUCUCCGCCCUGCAAGGCAAGAAAAUCGUAUCUAUAGCUACCGGCUCACUACACUGCGUUGCUUGCUCAGACAAGGGUGAAGUUUACACAUGGGGCGACAACGACGAAGGUCAGCUAGGCGAUGGUACAACUCACGCCCAGCAGAGUCCUCGGCUAGUACAUGCCCUUCAAGGCAAAAACAUCACGCGGGUAGCCUGUGGCAGCGCGCACACCCUUGCUUGGAGUACAACGAAGGCUACGCACAGUCUACCUGCAGCUACUCCUAUGGAAUACGAUCUGGUCAAGGACUUGCCCUUCUCGGCACUGCACAACAGACUCGUGCUUUUGCACCAUUUCGCUGAACUGCUUUGUCCAACCCUGGCAAUGUUUCCAACAACAGGCAACGUGGCGUUGAAUAAACUUGCGCCGAUGCUGGUUUACACGAUCAAAGAAGCGACUUUCAGAAAAGUAGUGCAGGCUACUAUGGUGAGAGACAGGCAACACGGACCGAUAAUCGAAUUGAAUAGGAUUCAAGUUAAGAGGGCGAGAAGUAAGGGUGGUUUUGCUGGACCGGACGGCAUGAAAUCUGUGUUCGGCCAAAUGGUCUCUAAGAUGUCAUUGCUUACGCAAGAUGUGCUAUUCUUACCUCACAGAGUCUGGAAAGUUAAAUUUGUAGGAGAGAGCGUCGAUGACUGUGGCGGUGGUUACAGCGAGAGCAUUGCCGAGAUGUGUGACGAACUCCAGAACGGUUCUUUACCUCUUUUGAUUCCGACGCCUAACGGCCGCGAUGACAGCGGCACUAACCGGGAUUGUUUCCUGCUGAAUCCUCUUGCAACCUCGCAAUUGCAUAUGAACAUGUUCCAGUUUCUCGGUAUCCUCAUGGGUAUCGCUAUACGAACCGGCAGUCCUCUGAGUUUAAAUCUCGCCGAGCCCGUUUGGAAACAGCUGGCUGGUAUGCCCCUUACCCCUGCUGAUCUCACCGAAGUCGACAGGGCAUACGUUCCUGGACUGCUUUGCAUCAGGGAUAUGGAUCCGCAGGAAAAAGUAUUCCAAACGCUCGAGAUGCCGUUCUCUACUCCCUCGGCCUAUGGCCAUGACGUUCCACUUUCUACCAGAUACCGUAAAAUUACACCAGAAAAUAGACACGAGUACGUGAGACUUGCUCUAAAUUAUCGACUGCAUGAGUUCGAUUCCCAAGUGGCUGCUGUGAGAGAAGGCAUGUCCAAAGUAGUACCAGUACCUUUACUGACAUUAUUCAGCGGGAACGAACUUGAAACUAUGGUUUGUGGAAGUCCUGACAUUCCUUUGGGACUACUGAAGUCGGUUGCAACAUACAAAGGUAUAGAGGCUACCUCGCCAUUAAUACAGUGGUUCUGGGAAGUAAUGGAAGAAUUCUCCAAUCAAGAAAGAUCUUUGUUUUUGAGAUUCGUUUGGGGUAGAACCCGCCUACCUCGUACAAUAGCAGAUUUCAGAGGUCGAGAUUUCGUCCUUCAGGUGAUGGAUAAAUACAACCCACCCGAUCAUUUCUUGCCGGAGAGUUACACGUGCUUCUUCUUGCUAAAAAUGCCACGCUAUUCUUGCAAGAGCAUACUCCGCCAAAAGCUCAAAUACGCCAUACAUUUCUGUAAGAGCAUCGACACAGAUGAAUACGCGCGCGUUCAAGCCGCGACGAAUUCUGAUACCGACGACACUGACAGUCUCGCCAGCGAAGAGCACACAUCCCUGUAGCUUUAAAUGUAGAUAACGAAAAAAAGAAAGUUGAUCUCCUAUGUCCCUGCCUCCUGCUCAUGACAGUGUGAGCAACGAUGUUGAUUUCUCCCGACCAGAGGACUAUUUAUCUGUUAUUUCGUGUGCACUCGCUGCAGCCGAGCGAAAAAGAAUUAUAUGAUAAGCCACCAAAGGAAAGAGUUAUUAUAGCACCAAUUGAAGCGAAUCUACCAAAAAAGAUUUAUUACGACGAAGAUGAUUAUAAUAAUGAAGAUUAUAAGUAUGGAAGAUGAUCUAGGGUGAAAGAAGAAAGUUUUGAAAAGGCUUCAAAGCGUUUUUGCCAUGCAAGCAAAACUACCAAUCUUUCAUAAGCCGCUUUGUGAUAUUCUUUCAAAUCUAUGUACACGAGUUUUGUAAAAUACUUGUAUGUCUAACAUAUAUAGGUUUCCAGUUAUGUGAAAGGAACAAGAUAACCUAUACUUUAUUCAGUUUUUUUUUGUAAUAAGCUUUUAAGUUGCGUAGAACUGCGUGAAUGGUCUCAAGUGUGUUUGUCUAUAUUACGUGAGAAUCUAUAAGAGAGAGUUUAUUUAUUUGGGCCUUAAACAGUUAAAGGUAUUUUACACGAGCACUAAUUAUAUUUUCUUUCGUUAGUAUUUUUUUUUUAUUGGCAUACACUGCUACGUAUAAUGUACAGAACUACAUUAUUUUGGAAUUCCUUUCGUGCAAAUGUGAUAUUACGAAUUAUCAAAGGCGAUACUCGCUCUAACUACAAAUUAUAAUAAAAUUAUUUAAAAUAAAUUAUAAUGUCAUUAAAAA